AAACGGACGCGUAGAGAUUCUCCGUCAAGGACAAUAUGGGACUAUAUGCUCCAAGGACUUUGAUGCACUUGAUGCGAUAGUCGCGUGUAGAUCGUUUGGAUACAGUCAACUGGAUGAUGUGGAAUUUGUUUCUUCGAACAAGCCGGGCUCUGGACCGAUCUGGCUCUCCGGCCUGCAGUGCCUAGGAACCGAGAACUCUUUACUUGAAUGUCCGCACGACGAUGUUGUUAACACGACGUUGUGUACCCACGCUGAAGAUGUGAUUGUUUCGUGUUAUGGGGGUGUUGACAGAGCAUCCAGUGAACUUAACGAUUUUUCUCGGCUGCAGAAUGUGAUGAUAAACGACACUGAACAAGGACUAAGAAUAGAUUCCCUGAAAGUCCACAUGUCCGAAGUUGAACUUUUCAAUACCAAAAGUACAGGAGUCGUAAUCACCGCUCCCUACGCCCAGUUUGACUUUGGAGGGUCAGUCAUCAGGGACUCGUUAUACGAUGGAGUUCAAAUCCAAUCUUUGGGAAGCAGAGGUGUUGCGAACGUAUCUGUGCUUAAUAGUGGAAACAACGGAAUUCAUAUUCAGUCAAAGUUCGGACUUGUGAAGGUAGUUCAUGUCAAUAUCUCCAGCAGUUCGUCUGCGGGAAUAAAUAUUAAGUAUAGUUAUGAUCACCUGGUUUCUCAAAGUGUCAUUGUUGAAAAUUCGAUUGUGGAAAAUCAUCACAACGACGAUGGACUAAAAAUUAAAACCCAGAGUAACCUGGGUCCAUCAUUCGUAAACGUACGGGGAAAUACCAUGAAGAAUAACACCGUUGGCUCAUUGUCGGUUGAGGUAAUCGCUCCUCAACGUUUACAAAGGCCUUUAAACGAAAACAGAUCUGUGUCGAUUGUCGACAACGUUUUUGAGCACGGUGGACCUGUAGCCGUUUGGGCUGUGAACAACGUGAGUGUGGAGGUAGAAAACAAUGAGUUCAAGGCUGGCGGAGACCAGUCAGAUUGCCUGCUGCUCGUCAGAGCGGAACUAUCAGAGACACAGGCGUCAACUGACAAAUGGAGAAAAGUUCAUGUAGAUGGUAACAUAUUUAACUCUGUGUCUGGGGAAUGUGUGGUGGAACUUCGAUCAUCGCCGUCUGAAAUCUUCUCUGGCGAAUUUACCCACAACAACAUAACACAAAGUUACUCUAGUUUGGCCACCGUUCGAAUUAAAUCUGGUAAAUACAGGCUGAAUGAUAACAAUUUCGAUAACCCCAGAUCCAGGUUGGAGGCGUAUGUGGAAGUGGAGCACCCCGGUGGCUCUUUAGUUGGAUCAAUAAAUGCUGAGAAUAAUUGGUGGGGUACAACGGUUUUAUCGGAAAUUUACGCGCGCGUGUACGACCGAGAAGAAGACCCGGAUGUUUACAGCCUCGAUGUGCAACCUUUCCAAGGUCACAUGAUCUUCGACUGCUCAAAGGUUAACAGCUGCAGUGGGAGAGGGGACUGCAUUGGACAGAACACAUGCGGGUGUCACUCAGGUUGGGCAGGACCGAAGUGUGGAGAGUAUGAUUGUGCCGAUGUCAGCAUGUGCCAAGGGCACGGUGAUUGCUCCGGUCCUAACAAAUGUGACUGUUUUUCUGGAUGGUUUGGUACGACGUGUGAGACUCCAAUUUGUUCAUCGGUAAAUAACUGCUCGUCUCAAGGAACGUGUAUAAGCCCUAACUCCUGUAGAUGUGACAGUGGGUUUCAAGGAGCAAACUGUACCGAUGUGGUACCUCCCACUACAAUAAGUGAUCAAUCUGUACCAUCUCAAAAUCCAACCACAGGAGACUCGAUUUCAAAGUGCGAGAGGGCAGUUUUUAACCCUGUGCUGAUCUUGGCAUCAUGUUUGCUUUUAAUAUUCCUGAAAUGAUUUGAUUAAAACGACAGGUCUCUUCAGACAGACAAUUAUUUCUGAAAAUCAUCUGUCUUAUGAUUCUGGUGCUGUUGUUUUUUUGUAAUAUUUUGUAUCAGAUAUGUUUCAACUAAGGGUACACGUUGUCACACAAAAAUAUUUGCAAUGUACUUGCCACUGACUACAAUUUACCGGAACCAUAUUUUUUUAACGCUUAUUGUUUCCUUUUGUUACCGCCUAUUGACUUGGCGGCAAUCAUGUAGAUAGUUCACUGUCAAGCUAAUUUUGAUGUCCGUGAUGUUGAUGUAGUCAAAGUUAUCUAAAAAGUUUAUGCCUCAUGUGGUCUGAACGUAGGAACCAUUACAUAUUUCCGUCUUGGGAGAAUAGACCCAUUUGUGGAUUUCUGUAAUGUGCUUUUCAUGAAGCUGUGAUGGAUUUCAACUUUAUAUCUUUAAGCUAAAAUUAUCAUAUAUGUUGAAUUUACGUAUUUUUUCAGCAACUGUGAUGGAUUUGGAUUUUUUUUUGUUUAAAUUCGUACAGGUAUGUUCGACAUCUCUGACCACCCAAACCAUUCUAUUAUAAUCACGGUGCUUGGUGAAAUCUACCAUUUUAACACAUUACAUGUAUGUUUGUUGUAUUUAGUCGGUAUUACGUUCCUGUAAAUGAUCGGAUUCUAGCUAUGAUUCCUCGAGGCCUGACCUCCGCCUGACGUGGAUAGUUUAUCAGUUUUCGGCUGUUCAUUUACAAUUUAUCACAAAGUUG